GAUCUGUGGUAGUGCACAGUCUAUGUACUUUCUAAGACCUUCGUGACAUGACAUCAUUUGUACAAAAACCUCUGACUCAUGAAUAGCUCAGCAGAGUUAGAUAACGUUUGUUAUAGCUGUACUUCUUACAAACUAAAUAGCUAAUUAUUACUAGCUAAUUAUUUGUGGCUCUUUCAAAACAAGUUUUUAAGAAGACGUGAUACCCUGACUACAAUUUAGAAAUGUCUCCUGUGCAGCCUACAUAAGGAUGAUGAAGAAUCACGAAGAAGAUGAAUUUGUUGCAGUGCGGGUCCAAGACCCUCGGGUUCAGAAUGAAGGCUCUUGGAACUCGUACGUGGACUUCAAGAUAUUCCUUCACACCAACAGCAAGUCCUUCACUGCCAAGACGUCCUGUGUGCGCCGGCGCUACAGUGAGUUUGUCUGGCUCAAGAAGAGGAUGCAGAAAAACACUGGCCUGGUACCUGUCCCAGACCUGCCCAGCAAGUCCUUCUUCUCCUUCAGUGGUGAAGACUUCCUGGAGAAGAGGAGGAAAGGCCUGCAGUGCUUCCUGGACAAAGUGUGCAGCAUGACAGUGUGUCUGUCAGACAGCCAGCUCCAUCUCUUCCUGCAAACCCAACUGCCGGUUGGUCACAUCCUAGACUGUGUGCAGGGCCACACCCCCUACACUGUGACAGAGGCCAUCCUCACCUAUGCCUCGUCCAAUCAGGGCUGGGUUCAGGAAGAGGACUUGACCCAGGAGCCUAGUCUCACUCCAGUUCCUUAUGAGUCCAUGGAGAGCCCUGCCCCUCAUCUACCUACCCUGCAAUGUCAAGAGCCCCUCAGCCCUGUGAACCUCGCCUCCAGUGAGCCAGAGGGCCUACGGACUGAGAAGUUCCUAGCUGACGCCGAUGACAUAGACACUGUGGAGACCCUUUCCCCAGAGGUCACCCAGGAGGACCCCAAUGUAGUCCAGGCAGAGCCCAUCCUGGAGAUACACAGCCCAGUGGAGACUAUCUUUAAGUGGGGCAGCCAUGAAGAAUCGACUCCAGAGAGGCUCGACCAUGAGGCGAUGAUCCACCACCAAGGUGAUUGUCAACUGCAGACACCUGUGGAAGUGCACUGUGAAAAGGACAAAGGCUUGGAGGAGUGUGUAGUGGAGGUGACGACUGAGAGGGUCAUUAGGGAGGAGAGCCAUGCUGACAUAACUACAGAGACAAUCCCUCCCAAACAGAGUAACCUAGACCCAGAUAGCCACGAGGAACUGAUCCACCAAGGGGAACAGACACCUGAGGAAGAGGCCACAGGCCUGGAGAAGGAGUAUGUAUCAGAAGAGGCCAUUACUGACACGACUACAGAGACGACCCCUCCCAAACAGCGUAGCCCAGAGCUCGAUAUCCAUGAGGAAACUCCUGGAGAUGGAGUUCGAGAUGGAGAUGGAGUUCUAGAGGACCUUAGCCUUGCGGAGGAAGCUCAAGAAAGCAUCAGUCAUGAGAAGACAACCUCGGAAGGGGACAGCAACAAAGACACAGUAACAGCCAUUGAGCUGGACAGCCAAGGGCACAUGGAUGAGAUUAACUCCCACAUAGAGAUCAGCCCAGAGGAAGAGUGUCAUGAGAUCACAUCAGAAGAGGUGGAACGUGUUGAUGACUCAACCCGAAGGGUAGAAAGUGGAGAUGAGACAACCCAGAAGAAGAAGGCUCCCUUGGACAUUCAACAAGAAGAUGAUCAGCUGGACACAACCCAAGAGGUUGAGAUCGAUGAGGAAAUUAAUGGAAAGGAUGGGGAGAGUCUUGGGGAUGGGGCAACAACAUUUGAUGGGAGUAGCCAUAAGGAGAGCGACAACAAGGAUUCUGCCAAUAACGACAAUGCAAUACAAGAGACGAAUGGCUACAUGGAGACAGCUCCCGAGAAGGAAAAUCACCAAACAGACUGCAGAGAGGCAGAAAAGGCCUUCAACAACUCAGACACUGUAAUUCUCGAAACUAACCGAGGUCCCUCACAUGAUGAAAUCACAUCUGAGGUAUCCAAUGCUCAGGGGACCAAUGAUGUCAAAGUCAGAGAGGACAGGGAUAUUUUGUACAUGGUCAACAGUUGCUCAGCAAAAACCCUAGAGAAUGAAUCUUCAGAGCUAGUGGGUGAUGGAGUUGAGCUAAAGGGCAUGAGAAUCGAAGAGAGCAGUCAUCUGGAGUCUGAGGGCCACUGUACAGAGCAGAACAUCUCAUUAGCCCAGGAGGGUAAUACUGAGGCCUCAGAAGUGAGCCAGGAAUGGGAGGCCCAUGGGUUCACUGUUGCUACAAACCAGACUGUGAGCCCAGAGAUGGAGCCCUAGAUAUUAGGCUGCUGCAUGCACUCUGAACCUGAACAAUGGAUAGUGGGAUGUCUUCUGCCAAAGACAGAACCAGUCUCUUACUCACCCUGCACGCCUAUUCUCACACUCCAGCUGAGCUCUGCUUCGCUUGCGUUGAUGAACUUCCUCUGUUGGGCAGCAGAGCGUGCUCAAAGUCACAGUAAUACUUGGUCUAUGGGUGAGAACUUCCCCAAGCUGACAAGUCCAGUGUAUCACGCUUCAUAUUUGGUCAUUGACUUUCCUCAAGUCUGGCACUUUCAUGUGUUUCUCUGUAUACCCUGUGAACUUGUGCCUAUAAGGGAAUUAGUCCAUUUAACUCAACCGGCUGUGGUGCCCCAGUGGCAUUAAUGUGACAAUUAUUUUGUCAGUUAAUCCACAUGCCGUAACACUGUAUGCUUGACUAUGAGGGGCAAACAUGUCCCAACCUGCCCCAAGUCCCUCUGAUGCAUGUGCCCAUCUGAACACCUGCCUUGAUGAAGCAAAACGCCCUUCAACUGAUCAGCAGCAAAACCGAGGCCCUGCUUGUUGGCACCCACUGUCAGGUCCAGCACUCACCAAUAACACACCUCACCAUUGCAGGACAGAACACGCCUCUCUCCCCCUCAGUUUCCAGUCUGGGUGUAAAAGCUUGAUUCCUCCCUGACCUUUGACAGCCAUGUCAAACAACCGCGUAAAGCGUCAUUCCAUCUCCUCACGGCUGAACUACCUCGACACACUCUUCAUCGGGAACCCAGGCAGGAGUCUCCAAAAGCUCCAGUACAUCCUGAACAGAGCUGCCAGGAUCCUGAUGAGAGUGCAGAAACGCCAUCACAUCAACCCCAUCGCAGCAUCUCUCUGCACUGGCUCCCUAUCUCAUUACGGAUUGAAUUCAAAACCCUCCUGCGGACAUUCCCGUGUGUUCAAUGCCCCUCCUUUAUCUAAAAAUAACUACUCUCCCUCCGUAACCCCACCUGCACCCUUAGGACAAGCGACUCCACGCCCCCAGGACCAAGCUCAGCUUCUUGGGAGAUCAGCCUUUCAGCUCGACCGCACCCAGCCUCUGGAAUGCCCUCCCGGACCACCUGAAGGCAUCACAGACUCUGGGCUCCUUUAAAAUGGGCCUAAAGACCUUUCUCUUUAGGAAGGCUUUUAAAUCCAAUUUGAUUUGUCACAUGCUUCGUUAACAACAAGUGUAGACUAACAGUGAAAUUCUUACUUACGGGUCCUUUUCCAACAAUGCAAAGUUAGAUAAGGAAAGCUGGGCUUGUCCUUGUCCCUUGUAGCGUCAACUGUGUUCUAUGUGUCAGUUGCCUGGUCUAGUUGUCCCAAAAAACGUUAUUUGGUUUUAAAUGUAUUUAAUGUACUUUGAGAUGAUUCUGUAUAAUGAAAAGUGCUUCACAAAUGUAAUUUAUUAUUAUUAUGUGAUCCAUAACUGUCGCAGGGAAGUCGUGAUUACGAAUUUGGAGUCCGUGAAAAGUUGUCUUGCAAUCAACUUUGACUGUGUUUUAUUAAUAACUUCCAGCAAAAAGUGUCAUCCUGCAUGCAUUCCCUUUGCUGACGUGGGUGAUUUCUUGGUUCAGCUUGAAUAAACAGGGAUGAGGGUCGUUCCACCUCAAAAAAGCACAAGUAAGAGGAUUUCGACACCCACCAUCUCAGAUUGUGUCGUAAUCGUUUCUGUAGUUAGAAGCAGAUAAGAUCAGCGUUCCUGAAAUAUUAUUUUGUUGAAAUAUGUAUAAUAUAUAUAAUAUAAUUUAAGAAAUAGAAAUUAAAGGCCCAAUGCAGUCAUGUUUAUCUCUGUAUCAAAUAUUUUCUGGGUAGCAAUUAAGUACCUUACUGUGAUUGUUUUAAAUUAAAAAUGGUCAAAAAUAGCUCCUUAGCAAAGAGCCAUUUCUCAAGCAAGAAUUUGGAGAGUGGUCCCAGUGGGGAGGGGAAAACUGAAAACUAGCUGUUAUUGGCAGAGAUGUUUGGAACUCUUUCUUAUUGGUCUAUUAACUUAAUUACCGCAUGGUGACGUCACCAAGCAGGCCUAAACUCCAUCCCAGGCAGAAGUUUCAGGUAAUCUUUUCAAACAGCUCUUACACUAAAAGGCCAUUAUCAUUUUCCGUGCUCUUCCAACCUCAUAGUGUAUUAUUCUAACCUCAUAUAUUUGACUGCACUGGGACUCUAAUUGAUUGCACCCAAAAUGGCCAUUUUAAUUGAUUGGAUUUAUAUAAUUGUCAAUAAAUAUAGUACCUAACAUCCAAUUUGGACCAUAAUUCCUCCUAACAAUGAGUAAGACAUGAGGAAUCCAAUAAAAUGAUCAAAAGCCUCCCACGGACCUAGCCUUGCAACACCGCCAGAUCCCGCGAGCUUACAUUAAACAUUGUAUGGAUAUGUAUGUUCACUGUAAGCUCGUGGGAUCAGGACCC